CCUGUUAGUAAAUUAUAAUAUAGAUAAUAAAUAAUUGAAACAAAUGAGAACAAAAUCAACUCACCAUCUUCAUCUUCUUCAAUUGUUUCAUUCAAUUUUUGUUUCCUUCAAGGCUGUCAAUGGAUAGAUUGGUUAAACCAGAUGUUAAAGAAGUAGAAGUAGCCUUCAAGAAAGGCCAAAAGUGCACCACAACUUUUCGUUUAACCAAUUUGAUGCACACCAUGUCUGUCGCAGUUUCUUUAACCACAACAAAUCCAUCUCUCUUCUCUUUUAAUCAGCUUUACUCAAUAAUUCCACCGCUUUCUUCUUCAUCAUACACUCUGAUCCUCUCUCGACCGUCCGAUCAACCCCCUAUCUCUUGUCCUCUUCAUGCCAUUAUUGUCAAAUCUUCAAUGCUUCCUACAGGCAAAGCCAACCAGGACGAUCUCCGCCGCAUCUUCUCCAAACCAGGUCCACACGUAUUUAAAGACGCCACAAUUCCCAUCUCUUUUGUGGGUCCUCACGUGAUUGAGUUUCUCAUCUCUCAACAUACUCAAAUCCCAGAUUUCAAUUCCAUCUUCAACAAAGCAGUUUCUGCUUGCACUGGGUCCCAGCUCUCUGCGUUACUCAAAUACGCCGUUGUAUCAGGAAAUGAAAACUUGGCCACGAGGUUGAUCGAUAACGGUGCGGAUGUGAAUUAUAAAGAUUCUGAUGGACUGUCCAUGAUUUCUUUAGGAGUUAAGAGUGGUCAUAUCGAUGUCCUUAAGUUGUUGAUUACUUCGGGCUGUAAAGCCAAUGAUUCAAUUGAUAGUGUAUUACACGAUGCAGCUGCAAUGAAUAGAGCUGACUUGAUGGAGGUUUUGAUUUCAGCUUUUGGAAACAUGGUGGAUGUGAAUUCGGUUGAUUCACUUGGGCGAAGCCCAAUUCACAUCGCAGCGAGUAAAGGACACGCUCAAGUUAUUCAAUUUUGUGCGUCUCUUGCAGAAGCUCAAACCGAUGCAUUUGAUAAAAUCGGAUCAACUCCGCUUCACUUAGCAGCUGAAAAUGGUCAUUUAGAAGCUGCUAAGUGUUUGUUAGAUUGUUCGGUAUAUGCUAAAUACAUAGUUAAUAAAGAGGGAAAGACAGCUUUUACGGUUGCUGUUGAGAACGGUCACACGCAUCUCUACGAUUUGUUGCGACUGGGUGAUGUGUUGCAACGCGCAGCAAGAGUGGAGGACAUUCAUGGGUUGAAGAGUUGCCUCGCAGAAGGGGCUGAGGUUAAUGGCAGAGAUCAAAAUGGAUGGACACCGUUGCACAGGGCGGCGUUUAAGGGUAAAAUUGAGAGCGUGAAACUUUUGCUUAAUCAUGGGGCCAAUGUUGAUCUCGUUGACGAUGCUGGGUACACGCCGCUGCACUGUGCUGUUAUGGCGGGACAUGUGCAAGUUGCGCUCUUGUUGAUUGCUCAUGGGGCCAGAGCGAAUGUAAAAAGUCUUAAACGUUUGGUUCCUUUGAAUUUGGAUUGUUUUAAGAAUCAUGCUUCCUUUUCUCUGCUUGCUCAUGAGCAAGAACAACUCUGAAUCAAAUUUGUACGUAUUUCCGUAAUUUAUAACCGUAUAAUGAAGAAUAUGAGCCUUUAAUCCGAUCA